AAGCCAGUGCAUAGGACUGGUAUGAUCGACAGCUUAUCACAUCGCUUGCAAAAUCUUCAGAUCAAACGGGAAGAAAGUAAUGUCUGGUGUCUAAAAUCCUUUUGCCUCUGCAGAGAAACUACAGGUUCUACAUGCUGUUUCUGAGCUCGGCGUUAGUGUUCUACACGUUCAUGUUCGCGUUCACAGUGAGAAGAAUUAGAACCAAGAUGGAUAUUACCAAUGCAGGAGUCUUCAGUUUGGUCAGAACUUUGCCUGAAUCAUUCGUUCUUGCGGCAUUCAGCUUCAUGACAAUCUGUGCCCUUGGGUGCCUUCUAGCCUUCCAUGCAUUCCUCAUAGCCAAGAACACGACAAGCCAUGAGAUGGAAAAGGGAAGGUAUCACAGCUCGCCCAAUCCUUACGACAAGGGAGCGCUGGAAAACAUCAGGGAGUACCUGUUUGAGAAGCUGCCGCCUCCUAGAGUCGAUUUCAGAGCUGCUGCCGAGCCAACCUGGGUUCCGGCCGGCGGCGAGAGCGAGGGCGAGCCCUCCGCUCCUUCAGAUGACGCCUGCAGGCAAGCAAUGAGGGAUGCAAGGAGCUAAUGAGUAAUGACGUGGACUAUCGCCACACUAGAAAACUGGUAGACAUUUUGGGAGACGUUGACGAACCAAGGAUCUUUUCAUCAUUGUAAAAAAAGACCUAUAAGUGGUUGUUUCUUGACAGCA